AUGGCGAGGGCCCGGGCUGGGAUGGCGGCGGCAGUUGGGGGAGGAGCGGCGCUAGUGCUGGGCAUGUUGGUGGCAUUCAGCUGGAGAGGAAGAGAGACUGUCCUGGGUGAGCGCCUUUGGUCGCCUAGAGGGUAUGGAUACCGGCCACAGUACUACGGCGAGCCGUAUCCCCUGUGGGAAGACGGGAUGACUCCGAUCUAUCCUGACAGUUACAGCGUGCAGAGGGAGUAUGCCAGGUCGCUCUUGCCUUAUGCGCUGCAGCAGGGAUGGGCCCAGGAGCAGUACAGGCGCAAGGUGGAGGAGAAGCGUGCAGAGAGGGAUCUGUAUGCCUACAUCCUGGAGAGGCAGAGGAGCUCAUGGAGGAGACAGAGAGAGCUAUGGCUGGCGACGCAUGGCUACUACAUGCCUGAGGAGGCUAGAUAUUCACGCUUCGACCCUGUUGCUGACGUGAUGGACACGUUCUCUUACUAUCCUCCUUCCAUGUACUACUUCAAAGAUUCCAAACCGUCAGCCUCGUUGAAAUCCAAGCCAGCAAAGAAUGAUCCGGUUACAAAGCAGCAACUGUUCUCGGUGAAGGAUCUCAACGAAGAUUCGUAUGCUGAGGCACUAGAGGACCCAUCGCAUCCCUCAGGCCCUUGGGGCGUGUGGGUCGAUCCUGGAUCGAAGGCCAAGAAAUCGAACAGACACGACACAGGUCACGACAUCGAUCUCGGGCUACCGCAUCUCUCCAACUCCAAGGGGGCAAGGAAGCAGCCAUCAGGAUCGACCAGCGCCGCGGUUGACCUGGGCCUCCCUGCCUUGACUGCAUCGGGCCAGAGGCGAAACUCAGCCAAACACUCCUCCUCCGGCGCAGUUGACCUCGGCUUCCCGGCACCCUCCCACUCCCAGGGCAAGAAGGAUCAGAAGGCUGGGAACUUUGUUGGAAGCUUGAAGGAGAGCAUGACAGGAGGCGAGUCUGAGGCGGAGGCGCUAAUGGACCCCAGCCAUCCCUCGGGCCCCUGGGGAACUUGGGUCCAGCCGUCAUCGUCAAGUGCUGUCCAGACAAGCACACCCAACUUCGCUAUGCACUCACUGCUGGACUCCAACGAUGCUUGAGGACUCGCCGCCGUCCAGACCUCGAUUGUAACAUGACGAGCUGACACAUAACUAGAUUUUAUCUAGCGAAGCUUUCGAUACUUCCCCUAGGUUGCAUUGUUUUUGUUGAUUUCAUUAGAAUUUUGUUCUCCAUC